AUGGUAUCAGAGCAGGCUCCAUGGGCGUGGUUUCAGAGGUUUCCCAAGUUUAUUACUAAUUGUGGUUUUCGUGGUAGUGUGUGUGACCCAUCUCACUUUGUUUAUCUAUCCGUCUCAGAUACUGCAUAUUUACUGCUUUAUGUAGAUGAUAUUGUUUUGACUGCCUCUAACAAUACUCUCCUACACCGCUUCAUUGAUCUAAUGAAACGGGAAUUCGCCAUGUCUGAUCUUGGACCGCUACAUCACUUUCUGGGGAUUACUGUCACUCGAUCAUCUUCAGGAAGCCUGGAUGGAGCAUUACAGUACCUCACCUUCACCCGGCCAGAUAUUUCAUAUGCAGUUCAACAGGUAUGUUUAUUCAUGCACGACCCACGAGAGCCUCACAUGCAGGCCCUUAAGCGAAUCAUUCGCUAUCUUCAGGGCACAAUUCAUCACGGUUUAUUUAUCUCGGUCUCCACUACUUCUGGAUUAACAACAUACUCUGAUGAUGACUGGGCGGGAUGCCCUGACUCUCGUCGAUCGACUUCCGGUUACUGCGUCUUUCUUGGUGACAACCUCAUCUCCUGGUCAUCCAAACGUCAGGCAACAAUUUCUCGAUCCAGUGCUGAAGCUGAAUACCGGGGGUAG